AUGAUAGAAGACCUAUUGAUAGAAAGUGAGAGAGUAGGAUUAAAACUCAAUCCAGAGAAGACUAGAGUGAUGACAAAUGGAGAGAAAACCACGAUACGGAUAAGAAAUACCGAAAUCAACUACACUGACGAAUACAUCUAUCUGGGAAAACUCAUAACCCAAAAAGAACCUAUGCGCGAGGAAGAGAAGAGAAGAAUUACGAACAGCUGGAGCUUGAGAGAGGCUACGAAAGACAAACAACUUCAUAUAAACAUUAAAAGCAAACUAUUUAACACCUGCGUACUACCCGGCCUUAUGUAUGGCUGCCAAUCAUGA